GCGCAGCUCUCCAUCUUCCGCGUCGGGUGGAACGGCCUCGCACCGCAGCCCCGCGACACCACGUGGCUCCCCGCAGCCCAGAGGCUCUCGCAACGAGAGCCCUUCGGAGCAAGGAGGGGGCCGAGCCUGGCGGCRCAGGCUGCGGGAGAGGCCGCCCCGCCCCCGCAACGAGCUUUAAGAGCCCCAGCGGCGCCCGGAACCACGGCUGCGGACGGGCGACACGUGAAAAGGUCAAGAUUGGACAGGAAGGUGUACAAAACCAGUUUGGCAUAAAAGUUGGUGGUAACUGACCAAGAGGUAGUCGCAUCACUUGCCUCCUGAUAGCCUAUCGCAACUAGAGUUCUCUGUCCUGCGUGUAUCUUCCGUUAGGUCUGCACAAGUGAAAAGUGCUGAAGGAGGGCCAUAAGCUGAACCUGUGUAGCCAUCCUGUUGGAGAAAGACAGAAGACAGUUUGAACCAUGGCAAGCCAGGCGUUUUCCCCAGAGGCUGCUUUCCCUCAUGGGAGGCGGAGGGAGAAAUGGGACCCCAGGCUUCUUUCAAGGGCAAGGACUUGAUGGCAAAAAAAAGAGAAUGUCUCCAGGCCUACAGCUGGUGGCGAACACCACAGAAGAAACGGAAGAAAAAGAACAAAAUAAAACCAGGAAGAAUAGAGUUUGUCCCUAGCAGUACUAAUGCAACCAGACCAGAUUAUUCAAUAUUUGUUGGGGAGCUUACUCCAGAAGUGGAUGAUUUCCAGCUCUAUGACUACUUCCUAAAGAGGUACCCCUCAUGUAUUGACUGCAAAAUAGCAACAGAUCUCCUGGGAUAUUCCAGAGGGUAUGCCUUUGUCAGAUUUGGUGAGCAAGGUGAUCAGAUGAGGGCACUGCAAGACUGCCAGAAUGCACCAGGUCUGGGGGGAAAACGAAUCCGGCUGAGCAUAGGAAUUUCUAAAAGACUGAAAGCAGAAUUCCAGCGGUACCAGUCAUACAACUAUAAUGAUUAUUACCAAGAUUAUCAGAACUACUACUCACAGUGGAAUUACGAUCCUUAUGCUGACUACAACUACAGCUCCUAUACUCCCUAUGAUAGCAUGCAAGCUGUUGGAGACUGCUCUUUAGGAGAUGCUGUUAUGGCUCCAGCUGUUUUUGAGGAAGCUUCAGCUAUGACUGAAAUAAAUGAUGACCUAUUAACUGAAGAUCCACAGCUGUACUUGGAUGUUGAUGAAAUGAACAGACAAUUUAUGGAGACAAGUGAAGAACUCUAUGAUGCACUCAUGAAUUGUCACUGGCAACCUCUGGAUACGGUCACUUCUGACAUCCCCUCUGCUAUUUAAGUGUCUUAUAUAGCAUGACCGUUAUGACCAAGGGAUGCUCUUGGAUCAACAGCUUCUUUCUAGCGCUACCUCAAAGUAACUUGCAGAUAUAACUCACAGGGAAGAUUGAUCARAUGGUGAUGAUCACUAUCAUUCUGCUGGAGACAUAUAUCUAUUUGCCUUUUGUUUUGUCUCAUUUUAAUUACRUUUAUUUAACUUGAGUGACUCUUGUGAAUAGACAUUGUUUGACCACAUCGACAGGUAUUUCUGAGUCAUGAGUUUCAUUAAAGGCAUGUCACCAUAUGGAAAUUGUUCUAAAUAAGUAAAACAAGUAAAUAAAGCAGCACUUGAAUUUAUUAAGCAAAUUAGUGUAGCUGCCUU